AUGACGUUCAACACGCCGCAAUCUUUUCUCCACUAUGUCAGAUAUGCUCAACUUGUUGCUCAACUCGGAUUCUUCUCCACCACAUUUUUCUGUUUUAUUCUGAACGUAUACUCUCAUAAUGCUGGAUAUGUAUUCUACAGUACGAGCCGUCCGUUUAAUAUGAGUCAAGACGCCGUCACAUGGUUCCUUGCAUUCUACACGGGUGUCUAUGCAUCUACCAUCUCCAUGUUAUCCGUCCAAUUUUUAUAUCGAUAUUGGGCGAUAUUUGACGAAACUAACCUCCGUUUCUUCAAAGGAUGGAGAUUCCUGAUUUGGAUUGCAUACUCAUUAUCUUUUGGUUUUCAAUGGGCGUUUGGAAUUUAUUUUUUUGAUAAGAUUGAUGAUUACGCUAAAAAUUAUUUGAGACUCGAAAUGAUGCAAAAAUAUAGUACAGAUUUCUCUGAAAUUGCUGGAAUGACCCUAGUUGCUUAUGACAAGGAGGGCAACAUCAGAUGGUUUAAUAUAUGCUGUACUUUGAACAUGACAGCAAUUAUGUUGGUACAGUAUUCUAUAAUUAUCUAUUGUGCCGUUCGGAUGUAUAUCGGUAUGGAGGAGAAGCUUCAGAUGUUGUCAAUAUCCUUGAGAAACCUUCACAAACAGUUUUUCAAGACAUUGAUUCUCCAGAUCGUGACCCCCACUAUAACUCUAUUUUCUCCAGUUAUGCUUAUAAUAUAUCUUCCACUUCUCGAUUUAGAAUGUGAUCUACCAACUGGAAUAUUCCUUUGCGCUUUCACACUCUAUCCAGCAAUGGAUGCUAUCAUUGUCAUGUAUAUUGUGGCAGACUACAAGAAAGCUGCCAAAAAGAUGCUGAAAAAUGCUCUGGAACAAACAUACGCCUGGUUGAGUACAGUGGAAACGGAUCAAUCGAGUACACGGACACGUUCCAUUGCAGCGAAUCUUCCAGCUGCAUUGAGUCCUAAAUGA